AUGACUCCCGCACAAUUAAAAUACGAAACGUUGUGGUUUGAAGGCCCACUCUGGUUGCGGCAGGAUCGUGCAAUAAGGCCCAGCUGUACAGUCCCUCUACGAGACAUCGAACAAUCCCUUUUAGAAGAACGAUCAACUGUUGCGCUGCCAGCUCGAGCGAAAUCGCCUAGCGAAUUAUUCGCUCUUCGAUCUUCGUUCACUGAUCUCGUUAGAUUAGUUGCAUACAUCCGUCGAUUCGUUCACAACUGUUCACCAAACAACCUCGCCAGCAAACGUUCAGGGACAAUCAAGCUACAGGAGCUGAACGAAGCGACUGAAGUAUUAGUUCGCCUAGCCCAGGGGGAUAGCUUUCCCGAAGAAGUAGCAGCUUUGUCUCGCAGUCGAGAAGUAAAAACUUCGUCCAAGAUUCAUGCGCUCAAUCCUAUUAUGGUUGGGAAAACGAUUCGAGUUGGCGGCCGGCUUGCUCAUGCACCUAUCCCGGAGAGUCGCAAACAUCCGAUGAUUUUACAUCAUCGUCAUCCGUUUACCAAAUUAGUCGUGGAACACUACCACCGUAAACUUUUCCACGCUGGUCAGCAGCUACUCGUAGCUUCCGUCAGAGAAAAAUUCUGGCCCACAAACGCACGCGAUGUGGCUCGUACCGUCUGCCACAAGUGUGUAACAUGCUUCCGGAACAAGCAAACUGUACACGAGCAACUGAUGGCCGAUCUUCCGUCCGUUCGAGUCAACCCUGCAGUCGCUUUUCUGAAGGUUGGUGUAGAUCUGUGUGGUCCAUUCUACAUCAAAUAUCCAGUUCGUCGCAGAACACCAGUGAAAUGUUUCGUGGCGAUAUUUGUAUGUCUGACAACGAAAGCCGUUCACAUGGAGGUUGUAGCGAAUUUGUCGACGCAAGCUUUCCUUUCUGCUUUCAAGCGAUUCGUUGCGGUUCGAGGAAAACCUCAGGUGGUCAUGUGCGACAAUGCCACCAACUUCGUAGGGACCAACAGAGAAUUGGAAGAGUUGCGCCUCCAGUUCCUAGACCAGCAGUUUCAGCAUACCGUAGUCCGUACUGCCGAGGAUGAAGGAAUUCAAUUCGACUUCGCCCCGGUCCGUUCGCCGAAUUUCGGCGGAUUAUGUGAGACUGUGGUAAAAACGUUUAAGUGCCACUUUCGUAAGGUCGUUGGGAACCAGCAGCUAAGUUACGACGAACUACAUACUAUAGUUCAGCAAGUCGCGGCGAUUUUGAAUUCACGCCCACUAGCUCCUCUCACUAGCGAUCCCAACGAUUACGCUGCACUGACCCCAGGACACUUCCUCGUAGGAAGACCUCUGACGGCAAUUCCGGAACCCGAUCUCCAGGAGAUACCUGAAAAUCGCUUAUCCGCCUGGCAGCAAUCACAAGAUUUCGUUCAAAAGCUUUGGCAAAAGUGGAAGACCCAAUAUCUUUCGGACCUGCACAACAGGACCAAAUGGACCAAAAAGCGCAACAACAUCAAGGUCGACACUAUGGUUUUAGUCAAGGAGGAUAACCUACCUCCACUAAAAUGGAAAUUGGGACGAGUGGCAGAAAUCUACACCGGUGCGGAUGGAAACGUCCGAGUAGUGGACGUUCGUACCAAAGAUGGGAUUUUCAAGAGAGCCAUUUCCAAAAUCUGCGUUCUUCCAAUUAAGGAUAACGCACCCACAGACGAAUAG